UUUCUCUGAUUCCUAAUCCUUCUUCGUUCCUUAUUUGUUCUAUGUUAUUGUUGGUCUUUCCCUAGCUCAUCACCUUCUUCUUCAAUUCCCUUAUUGGUAGAUCUGAUUUCGAUAUUUAUACGUGAGUUAGGGUUUUUUAUUUUUUCGCUUUUCUCGAUUUUUUGUUUGUUAAACACCCCCCCCUUUUUUUUUUGUGAUAAGCCUCCCGUUGUGGGGAGGGCUAGCAUGGGUGGUGAAUCGGUUGAUAGUGAUUCAGGCAAGGCAAACGAUUCGAACGUUGAUACUGGUGUUACCGUUCAUAUCCGAUGUUCGAACGGUUCAAAGUUUUCUGUACGGACUAUCCUUGAAUCUACUGUUGGAACAUUCAAAACUGUUCUGGCACAGAAUUGUGAUAUUCCAGCAGAGCAGCAGCGAUUGAUUUUCAAGGGUCGCAUCCUGAAAGAUGAUCAAACCCUAGAAAGCUAUGGCUUGCAGGAAGAUCAAACUGUUCACUUGGUUCGUGGUUUUGCGCCUCCUUCAUCUACCAAUACAACUGCUACAGCCAAUGUUGGAGGUGGUUCAAACACUACUCCUGGUGUUGGAAGGGGUGUUGGUUCCAAUGAAGCUGCAGGCUUUGGAGGUGGUCUUGGAGCGUCUCUUUUCCCUGGACUUGGUGUCAAUGGGCUUGGUGGCAGUGGGGCAUCUGGAUUAUUUGGAACCGGACUUCCUGAAUUUGAACAAGUGCAGCAACAACUGACUCAGAAUCCAAACAUGAUGAGGGAAAUAAUGAACAUGCCUGUCAUCCAGAACCUAAUGAAUAACCCUGAUUUAAUGCGCAACUUGAUUAUGAGCAAUCCUCAAAUGCGUGAAAUCAUUGAUCGGAAUCCGGACCUUGCCCACAUCCUAAAUGAUCCUAGCACUCUUAGACAGACAUUAGAAGCUGCAAGAAACCCUGAACUCAUGCGGGAGAUGAUGCGGAACACUGAUCGAGCAAUGAGCAACAUUGAAUCUUCUCCUGAAGGAUUCAACAUGCUUAGGCGCAUGUAUGAAACUGUUCAGGAACCUUUUCUGAAUGCUACUACCAUGGCUGGAGACACUGGAAAUGAUUUAGGCUCAAAUCCAUUUGCUGCCCUUUUGGGGAACCAAGGUGGCGGCCAGGCCAGAGACCGCUCAACCAACCCUACAACCGCUGGUUCGGAAACGACAACUGGUUCUCCUGCUCCAAAUACAAACCCACUUCCCAAUCCAUGGAGCACGGGUGGAGGAAGUGCACAGACAAACACCACUGCUAGGUCGACUCCUGCUGGGGAUGGAAGGGCACCAGGAAUUGCUGGCUUAGGCGGGCUGGGUCUCCCAGAGAUGGAGCGUAUGCUCUCUGGCACGCAGGAUGCCUCUUCAAUGAAUCAAUUCUUACAAAAUCCUGCUGUUUCGCAAAUAAUGCAAAGCCUCCUCUCUAAUCCUCAGUACAUGAACCAGAUUCUUGGUCUCAAUCCACAACUGCGCAGCAUGCUUGAUUCCAAUUCUCAAUUACGAGAAAUGAUGCAAAACCCUGAAUUUCUUCGUCAGUUGACUUCUCCUGAGACCAUGCAGCAAGUUUUGUCUUUGCAGCAAUCACUUACAUCCCAGCUUGGUCGUCAACAAUCUGCACAGGAACUGGGUCAGACUGGUGGGGCCACAGGAACACCAAACAACAUGGGAUUGGACUUGUUAAUGAACAUGUUUGGCGGGCUUGGAGCAGGCAGUUUGAGCAUGCCCAACACAUCUGAUGUGCCACCAGAACAACUUUAUGCUACUCAGCUGACACAGCUUCAAGAAAUGGGUUUCUUCGACACUCAAGAGAAUAUCCGUGCAUUGAGUGCCACUGCAGGGAAUGUCCAUGCAGCGGUGGAGCGACUCCUGGGGAACCUGGGUCAGUAAUUUGUUAUGUUUCUUGUUUCAUAUGUAGUCUGCUUUGCUCAUGUGGACCUGUAAGAUUAGCCAGUUUGGACCAGGGUCUUCUUAAAGACAGCAGCAUAUGCGGGCUCAUCUAUAUUCCAUUUUGGGCAUGAAUAAGUAAUUCAAAAUAUAUAUUGGUAAAGAGUCGUAAACAAAGAUGUAGGCUAUGAAUUAUUGGACCAUUAGCCCUUCUGCCCUCCUUUUGAGAGAUAUCUGAAGACCUGUGAUCGUUUUUUGUACAUACAAGCUUUUAAGGUUUGUCUUGUGAAUUGAUUAUCUAAUUUAUUAUAACUUUCUGUUGUUCGGAU